ACACCCACAGAGCCUGAGAAAGACUCCUCCCUCUCUGUCUCUUCCCCCGCCCGGUCGGGAAUGGAACAUGGCGCUGGCAGUAGCAGUAGCAGCAGCAGCAGGAGGAGGAUGCGGCGGAGGAGCGGGACAUGUAGGACAAUAAGAAGCAGCGGAGGAGGGGGAGUGGCACAGUCGCUCAGUGUUCAUGGAGAAUAAAGGCCCAGUGGCGGCACCUGAGCAUCAGGACUUCUCGCCUCCCCCCAGCACUGCAGCAAAAUGUUGAUAGUUGAGAAGACAACAGACUACCCUUCCACGGAGUAUUCUCUAGUGGAAGAUGUUGCUCUCCACUUCACUUGUCUCAUGGACAGACUCAACGAGCAGCGCCUGUUUCAGCCUGACCUCUGUGAUGUGGACAUUGUACUGGUUCAGCAGAAGAGCACGUUCCCUGCUCACAAAGGGGUCCUUGCUGCCUACAGUCAGUUCUUUCAUUCGCUCUUCACCCAGAACAAGCAACUCCAAAGAGUGGAACUGUCCUUGGAAGCCUUGACGUCUCGAGGCUUCCAGCAGAUCCUUAACUUCAUCUACACCUCCAAGCUGUUGGUCAACGGCUGCAACGUGCAGGAUGUCCUCAAUGCGGCCGCAGUCUUGCAAAUGAAUGAGAUUGUGACAUCAUGUCAGGAGCUGAUCCACAGCAGGUCUUUGAACCUGGCUAUGGCCAACGAUAUUCUAGAUGCAGAGGGCACUAGGAAUGAUACUCCUGCCGUAAUGCCGCCACAGUUUUAUCGGGAGAUCAAGCAAGAGGUUGAUGCACCUCAGACUAAAAUUUAUGCACGGGAAGGGAAUGACCCUUACUCGGUCAGAGUAGAGGACAGUGUGACUAAAGGGCAUCUUCCCAACACGUCGUCAUCCAAGCAGUAUUUCAAAGACGAGGCAAGGAGUGGUCAGAGGGUUUGUAAAAUUGAAGGAGGUGACUCCGAAGAGGACAUUGAAAGCCAAGAGUCCUUCAACAGAGAGCAGAUAAUUGUAGAGGUCAAUUUAAAUAACCAGACACUAAAUGUCUCCAAGGGGACAGAAGGAAAAGGUUCCUCAGAUCCAGUAACAGUCUUAGAUCGAUCGGAUGGGGAUGACCGAGGCUCGGAGGAAGAUGGAGAUGAUGAGAAUGAGGAGGAGGAAGGUGGGCUCGAAGAAGAGGAUGACUUUUUAGACAUGUUGGAGGAUGAUGAAGACGAAGGCAUGCAAAGUGAUGAGGACAAUGAGGAGUCACGGGAGGAGGACAAGGACAACGAUGAGAUGGCCAAGGAUGAGAACUCCGCAGAGGAGGAAAGUCCAUCACCAAGUGAGGACAAGUCCACCAAGCUGACUAAAGGUUCUAAAGGAACUCAAAACCAGAUAGGAGCAGGAGGCAGUGGAAGGAGGAAAAAGAAAGGAGGACAGGAUGGGGUGGGCCAAAAAGGCCAAUUUGAGGAGAAGCAAAACUUCCCAUGUAAGAAGUGCCCUCGAGUGUUUAACAAUAGGUGGUACCUGGAAAAGCACAUGAACGUCACCCACAGUCGCAUGAGGAUCUGUGAUAAAUGUGGCAAACGGUUCCUGCUGGAGAGUGAAUUGAUGCUGCAUCACCAGACAGACUGUGAAAAGAACAUUCAGUGCAUAACAUGCGGGAAGACCUUUAAGAAGCUGUGGUCGCUGCACGAGCACAACAAGAUAGUACACGGCUACGCAGAGAAGAAGUUCUCCUGUGAUAUCUGCGAGAAGAAGUUCUACACCAUGGCCCACGUCCGAAAACACCUUGUUGCGCACACUAAGGAUAUGCCUUUCACCUGCGAGACCUGCGGCAAGUCGUUCAAGCGCAGCAUGUCGCUCAAGGUCCACUCCCUCCAGCACUCCGGGGAGAAACCCUUCAAGUGUGAGAACUGCCACGAGCGCUUCCAGUACAAGUAUCAGCUGCGCUCCCACAUGAGCAUCCACAUCGGCCACAAGCAGUUCAUGUGUCAGUGGUGCGGCAAGGACUUCAAUAUGAAGCAGUAUUUUGACGAACACAUGAAGACCCAUACCGGUAAGGAAAGAGAGAAACCGUUUAUCUGUGAGAUCUGCGGCAAGAGCUUCACCAGCCGACCCAACAUGAAGCGGCACCGUCGGACGCACACCGGAGAGAAGCCCUACCCCUGUAACGUGUGUGGCCAGAGAUUCCGUUUCUCCAACAUGUUGAAAGCCCACAGGGAAAAGUGCUUCCAGGGUGGAAAUCCUCUGACUCCCUGCAGCCCUGGCACUGCCCCCAGCCUCUCCGCCUCCUCCCAGAGCGGCAAUUCACCCCCUGGCCAGACCAGCCCUGGUCUCUCCCCCACCUUCCAACAUCACUCAAUGGCUUUGCCUCUUCUCCACUCGCUGGCCCACAGCAUGCCUCCUUCUACCCACCACCUUCCCCCGCCUCCUCCGCUCUUUCCUGCCGGACGGGUCAACACUAACAACAACUAAAGGCCAACCGAAGACUUAUAAGUGCCCCUCGGUACAACUCUGUGAAAUCUAUGACUAGGCCUCCCUUCCUUUGGAUCCGGCCUCCACGUGUAGAUGGGGGUGUAAGAGAGGGAGAAGCCAUCUCUUGUCCUUUAAUAGCACCUUGCACCAGUAGCCGCUCAGUAUACGCCUAGGCGGGACUCCAUUGUUUGGCGGGACAGGAAUGAGUAAGAAGGGCUACUUGUUAUCACUUCCACUUGCGUGUGUUAUAGCGACACGCCAAAUAGUGAUCCUGUUCGAGAUCUUUUUCAUUUCCUUCUUUGUAAUGUUUUAUUUGCACACAUUCCUAGCGCACCACCCAUUUUUUAAGGAAAAAAUGUAUAAUGUUAUUAUUUUGUAAUCUCUAGUGUUUUUUUCGGCAGAGGCUGGAGGUAAAGGGGUGGGGGGGGCAUGUUGGAGAAUUUUUAUGACGUCCAGAGGAAUGCUCGAAAUUGAUGGAUAUUUGUGCAAAGCGGCUGCCAGUCUCCGGCAGGAUUUAGUUGCUUAGCAACUGUGGUUGAUCUCCUCUGCUUGACCGGAUCCCCCUUCCAUCGGCAGAACAAGGAAUUCUCUCCGGUUGCCCCCUAUUUGCUUUACUUUGCGCUAAAGACACCCCUUUGUCCUCCAAACACAGAGAAUUCUUCAUACGUCCCUGUCCGUACAUUUCACCUCGGUACCAGUUUACUCUUGGCCGAUGUUUCAUGGCAGCCAUUGUUAUACGUUCCCUAUACAGGAGGGAUAGUUUUAUUUUACCGUAUUUUAAGGGCAGAGACACACGCUCACAUUCAUGGAGAUUAGUCGCCCAUCAACAAAUCUCCUCUUCUUCGUCUUCCCGCCAUCGAUUUACAUUCUAGCUGGCGGGAGGCAGUAAGGGGAGAUUAGUCGCCCCGAAGAAGAGUCGAUUUAUCGCCAGGCGACUAAAUCUCCCGAAUCUGAUCGUGUCUCUGCCCCAAUGGUCUUUUUUUUUUUCUGUUUCUGUACAGUUCUCUGCUUGGGGUGGCCUUGGAGUAAGGUCUCCGGUGGAACUACAAUUCUCUGCAAGGUUGUUGAAGAUUGUCUGUCAACAAUAGGGUCAGAGACUCUAGUUGGGCGGGUUGUCCCUAAGUUUUAGGUCAAGGGGGGGGUCAUUAUAGUGAAGCCCCCCUGCACUACAACAACUCGUAUUCUGAUCAGCUCAGUGUUUUUACCCCCCACCCAUCAAUCUAUAUAUAACUUGUAUAUAGUGAGAUGUUGUUGUGCCCUUUACAUGUGUAUCCCAGAUACUGUGUAUACAGCACUUUGCCUAAAGCAUUUAUAUAAGUGACAAUGUACCUCCUGUUUCCAUAUAUAAGGAUUUUAUGUCACAGAGGAGGAGUUCUAUGGCUAUAUAACAAUAUAAGUCACUGGGACGGAUUGCAAAACUCUGAGGUGACUUCUAAUAGCGGGUAGUUUGUUUAUUAUAAUGGGUCAUGUGAUGGGACAUCAGGAGGCAGUGUUAUUGGUUGUCAUUGAUAACUGCAGUUUAGCACCUGUGUUGAUAAAGAAGCCCCAAAAUAAACGGAACUAUAAUUAUAUCUCAAAAA